AUGAGACGAGACAGACGAAAGGCUCCCCCACCACCGCUGCAGCUGCGCAGCUCUGCGUUGGUCGUGCCUAGUCAACGCACGAGUCCAUCAACUUUGAAGCCGCAGACACCUUCGCCAUCUCGGCUCAGCCCUGUACUCACAUCACCGCUUCCUGUGAAGCAUUCACCUUUGAGUCCGGUUUCACCUGCUCGACAAGUGCUGUCGCCUGGGACGGUAAGCGCGGCUACGACACCAACUUCAACACCAAGGCAUGUUGGCCUCGCCCUUGUUACUGCAAUACCGCUUACUGUCACCGCUACACCACCUACUGUCACCGCAACACCACCCACCGUGACAACAACAGCUACACAAAAGAUACCAGUCUCUUUACAGCCGAGCUUGUCGACAACCCAGAGCUCGUCGGUUGUUCCAAGCGCGUCCUCCACUACAGCGCCCGGCAGGGUGAUUCCGCCCACGGCAAUAGGGUUUGUCGCGGGGGUUUCUGGAGUCGCCGGCGCGCUACUGGGCGUUGGCUUAUUCUUCGUCUUUUGGAAGAGGCGGCGGGCGGCGGCCGGGACGCGGCGGGAUGCCGGUGAUGCCAACUAG